AUGGAGAGCAGGGAGGACAAAUCCCCGCGGCAGAACCUGGUGGCAGAGGCCGUUUUGAGCGGCUCCACGGCGCAGGAAGCCAACGGGGAGGAAAAGCCCCGGAGAUGCCGCACGAGGAGGGGCUGCAAACGCAGAUCACAGGGAUCUGAGGGGGAAAGAGCCAGCCUGGGCUGGGAAGGCGGCCGGAGAUGGAGCCAGAGCUAGGAGCUGGUGCUGCAUGAGCAGGUCUGUGAUGGGGAGAAGCCGCACACGUGUGGGGAGUGUGGGAAGAGCUUCAGGUGGAACUCCAAGCUCAUCGAGCAUCAGAAGAUCCACACUGGAGAGAGGCCCUUUGAGUGUGGGGAGUGUGGGAAGAGCUUCAGCUUCAGUUCCAGCCUGAUCAAGCACCGGAAAAUCCACACUGGGGAACGGCCCCAUGAGUGUGGGGUGUGUGGGAAGAGCUUCAGGACGAGCACCCACCUGCUCAGCCACCAGAUGAUCCACACUGGUGCAAAGCCCUACAAGUGUGGGGAGUGUGGACAGAGCUUCAGCCGGAGGUCCAACCUGAUGCGGCACCAGGUGAUCCACACUGGGGAGAAGCCCUACGAGUGUGGGGAGUGUGGGAAGAGCUUCAGGUGGAGCUCUGACUUGAUCAAGCACCAGAUCAUUCACACUGGGGAGAGGCCCUACGAGUGUGGGGAAUGUGGGAAGAGCUUCAGCUGCAGCUCCCACCUGAGCAGCCACCAGAGAACCCACACUGGGGAAAGGCCCUACGAGUGUGGGGAGUGUGGGAAGAGCUUCAGCUGCAACUCCAGCCUGAUUAAACACCAGAGGACCCACACUGGGGAACGGCCCUACGAGUGUGAGUGCGGGAAGAGCUUCAGCCAGAGCUCUGACCUCAUCAAGCACCAGAGGAUCCACACUGGGGAGAGGCCCUACAAGUGUGGGGAGUGUGGGAAGAGCUUUAGGUCAAGCUCUGACCUGAUCAAGCACCAGAGGAUCCACACUGGGGAACGGCCCCAUGAGUGUGGGGAGUGUGGGAAGAGCUUCAGGGACCAUGACACCCUGAUCAGGCACCGAAAGAUCCACACUAGGGAGAGGCCUUAUGAGUGUUCCGAGUGUGGGAAUAGCUUUCGGUUCAACUCCCAUCUCGUCCUGCACUAUCUCAGUCACAGAGACGAGAGGCCUUUCUGCUGCCCUGACUGCGGGAAGGGAUUCAAGUACAACUCCCAACUCAUCGUCCACCAGAGAAUCCACACUGGGGAGAGACCCUACGAGUGUGGGGAGUGUGGGAAGAGCUUCUCACAGAGCUCUCACUUGACCCGACACCAAUGCAGCCACCACUAAGGGAAGCCCUGCGAGUGCCCCGAGUGUGGGAAGAGCUUCGUGUGCUGCUCCAGCUCCAUCCCCCGCUGGAGGAAACACAUUCCUGUGAUCCAUGUUGGGAAUACUCCUGGCUGCUUCUCCUUUUGGUUUUGCCCUAUUUUUUUUAUCUUCUCCAUCUCUCUGUACUCCAAACGCCAGGAGAGAUGGAUCUGUCACCUCAAAACGUCUCAAACCCCAGAGAUGGAUCUGUCACCUCAAAACAUCUCAAACCCCAGUGAAAACAGCUCAGUCUUAACUGAAAGGGGCUCAGUAACACAUCAGAGGGGCUUUUUGCCACCUCAAAAAAACUCUACCUCGUGAUAAAUUCACUCGAUUCCACAACCACCAGAGUAAGAAGGGGUUGGGGGGAGCCUGGGAGAAGUGGGAUCCCAAUUUAGAACAGUGGGAUGGGGAUUGUGGGUGUAUGAAAGGUAUUUGAUAGCGAAUAAAACUCUCAGACUUA